UGUCAAGCCAUAUACACACGCAUACUACAGUACUGUCUCUAUGCGCGUGAUUUGUUUGGACAACGAAUGAAUCUGAAAUUCCACAGAGACCGGAACACACGACAAAGUAUGGUGACUGCAAUAUAACGCCUAUCGAGCUGGACUAAAGCUACUCCGUGACAGGAAAGUGGUUUUACAAAGGUUUAUGUUAGUUAAGAGUAGGAUAAAAGGGUUGAACAGGCUUCCCGGUUGCUAACGUACGUUGCAGACUAACGUUAAUGCUAAUAAGCUAGCCUCGGAGUUCUAUAUCCAGCUUCAUUAGCUUAGCUGGCUAGCUAGCAAGCUAACAAGCUGAUGUAGCGACAAGCUGCGGAGUGUUCUAGGAAAUGCGGUGGGAGCUUGUCUGGAGGUCUUUAAUUUUGUUGAAAUUUUCAUUUUAACACUGACCAGUAUGCCAUUGUGUGAUAGCCGUUGCGAAGUAAUAGUGAGAGCUGUGUUAAUGUGAAAGUGGCAGACGAGGAGGUAACGUUAGUGAGGUUGGGUUGCUCAGGUAGUUAUGAGCAGUUUCAACAAUUUAACAUCUAACGUUACAUUAAGCUCUUCUGUGAGCAUCGACAGUAAAGGCGCACCGGUCAGCGACGCUACCAACAACAACAACAACAAGGAGUGGGAUUUGGGAAGCGAUGUGUUUUCGUACUGUCACGAGAUGAGUCCCAUGGAUGACACGAUGCAGGCAGGGAUGUCCUCGGUCCAGUCGGGACUGGACGGACACCUGCCGCUUCUACACGCCGGACACCACAGCACACAGGACGGGUUGUUGUUUGACCUGAGUUCCCCGGCAGCCUUCCUCGACAGCAGCUCUCUGGAGUACAGCGACAACGACGGAAACAACGCGGGUCCGUUGUUCGAGAAGAGAAAGAGGUCGCGGUCCAACAGCUCCAGAACCCGCCUCAACGAGGUGGUCACUGAGCUCGGUCCCGAGGAGGUGCGGUGGUUUUACAAGGAGGACAAGAAAAAUUGGAAGGCCUUUGUCGGGCAUGAUUCACUUAAUAUUGAACGUAUGUUUCGGAAAUACUGUGAGCUGAACCCUGGUGCAGCAGGCUCCCAGGUCGGCGCUGGGGAGGAAGAGUGCGGUAAUAACGGCGUGGAGAGUAGAGGACUGAACGGUGCAUUCCCGGUGGAGACGAGGACCAGCAGUGUGCACGGAGGCCCGGGGUCCCUGGACACAUCCACCGUGUCCUCGGAGGAGAGGGACCCUAACGCAAUUGAAAUCAACGUUGAGCCAGUUUGUGUCCGGGGAGGGCUCUAUGAGGUGGAUGUUAAAGAGAAAGAAUGCAAUCCUGUUUACUGGAAGCAACAAGACCAUAUCCCAGUCAUGAGAGGCCAGUGGUUUAUUGAUGGCACUUGGCUCCCGUUAGAGGAAGAGGAAAGUGACCUCAUCGAGCACGAGCACCUGAACCAUUUCUUCGGGCAACAAAUGCAGGACACCUUCGAGACGGAUUUGGUGGUCCGGACCGUCGAUAGCAAAGAUGUUCUCUCCCUCCUGCCCCCUUUCUACCUCCCUUUUCUGUUCAAAUGGAGUGGAUAUCAGACGAGUGCUAAAACUACAUGUCACAAGCGCAAACGCUGCCAAGCCAUCCACAGUCUGAAGCUGAGUCGGACCCAUGUGGAUUGGCACAGCGUGGAUGAGGUGUACCUCUACAGCGAUGCCACCACUUCCAAAAUUGCACGCACCGUCACCCAGAAACUGGGCUUCUCCAAAGCCUCCAGCAGUGGAACGCGGCUUCAUCGGGGUUUUGUUGAGGAGGCCUCACCUGAGGACAGACCCCCUCAGACUACACACAUUGUCUUUGUGGUUCAUGGGAUUGGACAGAAGAUGGACCAGGGACGCAUUAUUAAAAACACUGGAAUGCUGAGGGAGGGUGUGAGGAAGAUGGAGGAGAAGCAUUUUUCAGAGCACAAUGACGAGCAUGUGGAGUUCUUGCCUGUCGAGUGGCGCUCCAAACUUGCCCUGGAUGGAGAUACGGUAGACUCCAUUACACCAGACAAAGUGAGGGGACUGAGAGAUCUACUCAACAGCAGUGCCAUGGACAUCAUGUACUACAACAGCCCCCUGUACCGGGAUGAGAUUACCAAGGGCCUAACACAGGAGCUAAAUAGACUCUACACACUUUUCUGCUCCCGGAACCCUGAGUUUGAGGAGAGGGGAGGCAAAGUGUCCAUUGUGUCUCACUCCCUCGGCUGCGUCAUCACCUACGACAUCAUGACGGGAUGGGAUCCGGUGCGCUUCUGUCAGCAGGAGCAUCACGCUGUGGAGGCGGAGCUGGACCUGCGCUGGAUGUCCUAUGAGGAGAAGCACGUUUUAGAGCAGCUACAGCUCACAAGGAAUAGGUUACAAGAGCUGGAAAAUCAACUCCUCACGCUGGAGGCCUCAAAACCCCCGACACGCCCAGCCCUUAAAUUUAAGGUGGAAAACUUCUUCUGCAUGGGUUCUCCUCUGGCGGUGUUCUUGGCUCUGAGAGGGAUCCGUCCUGGUACUAGCUGCCACCAGGACCACAUCCUGCCAACCUCCCUCUGCAGCAGGCUCUUCAAUGUCUUCCAUCCCACAGACCCUGUGGCCUACAGACUGGAGCCCCUCAUCCUCAAACAUUACAGCAACGUUGCACCUGUUCAGAUACACUGGUGUAGCGAAACUUCCCCCACACCCUAUGAUGAGGUCCGGCCCACCUUCCUGACCCCAGUCAAAGACCCGACCUCUGACACUGAGAGCAUCCCCAGCCCGAGCACCUCUCCUGUACUCGCCCGCAGGCACUAUGGAGAGUCCAUCACCAAUUUGGGCAAGGCCAGCAUACUGGGAGCGGCGAGCAUAGGGAAGGGCAUCGGCGGCAUCCUCUUUUCACGUUUCUCCCGCUCCAACAGCCAGCCCUCGGUGUCAUUAGGACUGGAGGGAGGGGCGAACACUGAGGAAGAGGAGCAGAAGCGGACAGAAAGCCAGUCAGCCUACGGCCUCUCCACCCUGAUUCGGCCCACCUCACCCAUUACUGACACAUCACUGGAGCUGGAGCGGCGCAUCGACUUUGAGCUCCGAGAGGGUCUGGUGGAAAGUCGCUAUUGGUCUGCGGUGACCUCACACACAGGUUACUGGUGCUCCCAUGACAUAGCGCUCUUCCUGUUGACCUUCAUAUACAAACAGAAGACGACGCCCUCUGACCCAGCAGAAGAUACUCCGGAGCCAGACUGAGGCAGCACAUUUGUUAGAAAACAUGCACACUUAAAUGGUGUCUGAUAACCCUGAAGGGGGUACGUCACCUUCUUGACAAGACACAAACAGAAACCUCAUUCAUUUAUUUUUCAUGCACUCAAACUGCUGAAAUACACUAAAUCUUCUUUUUUUCCCCUUCCUAUAUCUCCAUGUGAUGCAUCUCUUUUAACACUGUGGAACUAAUCCUGAGAAACUGACUUCAUUCCAAGAUGUGCAUUUUUGUCUCUUUUUGUGUAGUGUGCACUCUAAGGGUGACCUUGUUGGACUAGGAACCCUCUAAGGAGGUGCAUCCUUUUGCCAGUAUGACCACGAGCUACGUAUAAACAUGGAACAAGAGUCUUAUGAGUUUUUAAUGCAACCAUAGGCAGAAAGUUCUAACUUCAUCCCCAGGUCUUCAACCUUAAACAGCUGCAGCCUGUUGAUAAAGUGUCCAUAUACAGUAUUUCCUGUUAAUCAGUGCUAACAUCCAGCCUCCCCCCCCCGCCCCGCCCCGCCCCCUGCAGACUCAUUCCAGAGCCUUGUGACACACUUGCCUGACCCUAGGUCCCUGAGGCUUCGAGUUCUGUGUGUGUGUUCUUUUUAACUUUUCUUUUUUUAGAAAAGUAGAGAGAAAUUUAAUUGUCAAAAAGAAAUUGUAAUUUUACCUAAAAUAAACCUUUAGCUACCACAAAUCAAAAACAUAAUGCUAACAAGCAAAUGCAAUGCCUUUCAUAAUUAGCCAAAUAAUAUUACCCGUGCAGAGUAGUUCUGUUUAGUUUUUCCAAACAAAAACUUUGGGCAUUAUCCCUUUAAUAAUGUUUCGGAAGUAUGAAGAAACGCAUAACAAACAUGAUAUUUAUAUAGUUUGUUUUUCUUUCUCUGUGAUUUAUUUUUAAUUUUUUUAUGUUUGCCUCUUUUUAACAUUGUUUGACUCUUGAAAUAGAUAUGCACCAAAUAAAACCUGAACAAAGCGCCACUUUUAUAUGGUCAACUAAAACAGAAUGUCCUUUAGUGUUUUCGUUUCAUGCAAAGUACAAUUUUUGUUGAAGUACGAGGCACAAAUUGUCUCUUACUAACAAAACCGUUACAGUUGAAUGUCCUACAGGACAUCAAUAGUUUCCAUGUGACAUUUACUGUAUAUGCAAAGGUUUACAACCACAUGAGGCUUUUAUCAAGACAUGCAUAUCUACGCUCUUAAACAAGGGCUGGACAUGUAGAGUUAUUUUCUUACACCCAGUCAAUUCUUUUUUAAAUCUCUUUGUCAUGUCAUUUACAAGACGAGGUCUCACCCAAAACAAUCACAGUCAUUCAAACUAAUGCUUCUAUAUCAAGGAAAGGUUAUGGAGAGAAUUUUCUGUGCUAUAUCUUUUGAUAUUCAGAUGAAAUCAGCGGUAGGCCUACUACGUGUAUUUUUUCCUUAAAAAAAAAAAAUAAAUAAAAAAAGAAAUGUUUUUCCUAGUGAUCUCAUCUCUGGGAAAAUGAAAUUCAAACUUGCGGCCAAAUAACAUUUAUGUGUCUAACUUAUUAGCUGCUUGGCAUUAGUCAUUCUAAGGCAUACUCCAAUGAAAAAGUAAUUGGCCCUGGGGUAAGAAAUAGCUUCGUUAUUAUUUUUGCGAUACAUUGCACGCAAAAUUGUAUCUCUUGCCUUUUCUUGUGACCAAUUCACACUUUCCUCUUUUGAGCAAUGGAUAUGUCAGCUUGUGUUUUUAUUUGUGUGAAAGGUUUUCUUUAUUUAAAAAAAAAGUGUGUUUUCCAGCCACCAGACGUGUCGUUGCCUAAUUGACACUACUCACAAAUUUACUCCCAAAAAAAAUGGAGACAGCAAAUCAAUGUUUUCUAAACAUUUUUUGCUUAUCAUGGCUCUUGCCUUAGGUUUGUCAGAGCAGUUCUGAAAAAAAAUAAAAGAACAUACUCCUGUAAUGACGGAUCAUGCGUCAGUUGAAUGUGGUCCUUUUUAAAAACACGCCCAGUAAUGAUUAUGCAGAAGUUAGAAAACGGACUCACUUUGCAUGCUGUCAUAUUAAUGGUAAAUGGAUGCUGGAACAAGAAGACCUUGCAGAGAGUGCCAACACACAUCUAGGAAACCGCUUUGUGUUCUUCAUUGAACAGAAAAUCUCUCAUGAUUGUUAAUGGACUUCUAAUGGAAUCAUAAGACUUUUGCAAGGGAUGAAGAAAUGGAAUUACCCUUAGAUUUAAGUUAGUCACGAGACAGACUUGAUUAAUUGUCAGUGUCAAAUUUUCUUUUGUGUCCUACUUGUUAUAAUAUGGUAGUUAUAUGAGCGCUUAUUUUUUUAAUUUGCUAUGGCGCAAUCUGCUGGUUUACUGUUCCUUUCAAUCGGGAGCUGUUGUUGACUGGUCUACCACAGAAUGGAAUCCAUUUAUUGGUAUUUAAUGUCUGUCAUUUAUGCAAAGGCCUACUGACUGAAACCAGGAUGCCUCUUUUAGAUGACCAGAUAUAUGACCAGGAAGACUUAUGGAAGCAGGGGCAAAUACGGGAGUGAUAUGAAAGCGUUUCUACGUUUGAUCUGUCGGAUCUUGGCCAUUCAUUGACUAUGAAUUUCACAGAAAUUAUAUAGAAAACAGCCAAUUGUUGAUGUUUAUUUAAUUUUUUUUGGCUCAGCAUGUGUUACAUUGCAGAAGUAGAUGCAGAAAGCAGUUUUAAUAUGUUACUUGGACAGUAGGCAUGCAGUUUACCUGGGAGACCUUAGACAUGUAAUGCAAAAUACAAGGACAGUUCCAUUGAUGCCUCUGUAUCUUUAAAGUCGCAGUGUGUGAGUUCAGACAUGGCAAAUAGUAUUGUUAGAGUGUGGACAGGCCAUGACAAUGACAACAAUGUUCCUGCCAGUGUUUGUGAUUCGGCUGUGUGUUUCCAAAAUGUAUAUGAUCUUUGCAUAUUUUCCAUUCUAGCAAUUCUUGAUUCAAGCACAGAUUUUCCAACUACGUUUACUCUGCUUGAAAAACAAAAGAAGCUAAAAGAGAACUAGACUGGAGAGCAUUAACGAAAACCUUUGUCAAGAUACAUCAUACUUUUGACAAAAUGAGCAUUAAAUGCACAGCAUUUUGAAUGAUAACAGAAUAUUUUUUUGUUAAAGGAACCACAACCAUCAGGGAAAUGUCCAUUUUUAAAUGUUUUGUUGACCAGUUUGAAGCCAUCAUUAAGGAAAAGAAUCGAGGGCUGUCACAGAUGUGUUGUCAUUCUUUAAAAUGUUCAGAAGGGCCUGCAGCCAUAUGUAAUCAGUCACUGGGUGAAAGAGAAAUAAGCAUUGAAAUCGAUCGUGAAUGAAAUGUGUUGAUUUGUGUCAGAUACCACUGUUGCUCUAACUUGGAUGUCUCCGAAAAGUGUUUUUGUCUCUCCUUAGAGCUGUGCAAUAACCCAUGCCUGUAAUGGAUUCUAACUGCCAUCCAAAGCACUGUAUUUAUUUCCUUUUAUUAAAGCAUUUCUUUUUUGGAUUCAGUGAA